ACUUGCAUAACAACUUCAGCUUUCACAAAGAAAAAGAAAAUGGGUUCUUCUUUGUGGACUGUGUCUCUAAUUUUGGCUUCACUAGCCUCUGCUGCACUCUGCGCCGCACCACGAAGGCCAGUGGAUGUUCCAUUCGGUCGAAACUAUGUUCCCACAUGGGCUUUUGAUCACAUCAAAUACUUAAAUGGGGGUUCUGAGAUUCAACUUCAUCUAGACAAGUACACUGGUACUGGCUUCCAGUCCAAAGGAUCAUACUUGUUUGGUCACUUCAGCAUGUACAUAAAGAUGGUUGCUGGCGAUUCAGCUGGCACAGUCACUGCUUUUUAUUUAUCUUCUCAAAACGCGGAGCACGAUGAGAUAGAUUUUGAGUUCUUGGGGAACAGAACAGGACAACCUUACAUUUUGCAAACAAAUGUGUUCACCGGAGGCAAGGGUGAUAGAGAGCAAAGAAUCUAUCUCUGGUUUGAUCCCACAAAAGCCUAUCACAGAUACUCUGUCCUAUGGAACAUGUAUCAAAUUGUGUUCUUAGUGGACAACAUCCCCAUAAGGGUGUUCAAGAACAGCAAGGACUUGGGAGUGAAGUUCCCAUUUGACCAACCCAUGAAGGUGUACAACAGUUUGUGGAAUGCUGAUGAUUGGGCCACAAGGGGUGGUUUGGAGAAAACAGAUUGGUCCAAAGCUCCUUUCGUUGCAGCCUACAAGGGGUUCCACAUAGACGGGUGCGAAGCCUCUGUGAAUUCCAGGUUCUGCGCCACACAGGGCAAAAGAUGGUGGGAUCAAAGAGAGUUUCGUGACCUCGAUGCAUUUCAAUGGCGAAGACUCAGGUGGGUGCGCAAAAAAUACACCAUCUACAACUACUGCAAUGACAGGAGCCGCUACCCCCAACUUCCCGCUGAAUGCAGAAGAAACCGUGACAUUUAAAUUUCCUAUCAUUGCUACCAUAUGUUAAUUUCUUCUUCUGUUCAUCCCUUAUCAUACUUUAUAUAUACGACCACCACCCAUUAUUUAUUAUUACCAAUGUAUUGUAUUGUAUUGUAUUGUUUGAGCUGUGUAAUUAAGGAGCGAGGUUUGAGUACA